CAUCUCCUCCUCUAUCCUUUUGUUCCAAUUGAAAGCGUGUUAACGGCACCAUGGCUCCUGUUGCUGGCGCUUCAGAGUUUGAGGCAGCCGCUCUGGCUCGCCGCCAGGCUCUUUCGGGAGCUGCUGGUCCAAUGGCUUUGCUGAAGAACUUGAAAGUUUUUGGUAUUGCUUGCUUUGCUUGUCUCGGUGGGCUGUUGUACGGUUACAACCAAGGUGUUUUCAGUGGUGUGCUUACGAUGACAUCUUUUAAGACUCAUAUGGGCAGCUACAUUGACAACCAAGAAACCUUGGAAUGGAACUCGUCGAAACAGGGCUGGCUCGUCUCUAUUCUCGAAUUAGGAGCCUGGCUUGGUACAAUGUACUCUGGAUUCCUCGCCGAGAUAUUGUCUCGAAAAUACGCCAUUCUUGUUAAUGUCGCAAUCUUUAUCAUCGGCGUUGUCGUUCAAACGACAGCUAUUGCCGGGAGCGGUCACAAUUCUAUUCUUGGCGGUCGAUUCAUCACUGGUAUGGGCGUUGGCUCUCUCUCCAUGAUCGUCCCUAUGUACAACGCCGAAAUCGCUCCUCCCGAAGUCCGAGGCGCCUUGGUCGGCCUCCAGCAACUGUCUAUUACUCUGGGAAUCAUGAUUAGUUUCUGGAUCGACUACGGUACCAAUUAUAUCGGUGGAACCGGCCGAUCCCAACAUAACUCCGCCUGGCUUCUCCCCCUUUGCCUCCAGCUCGUCCCUGCCGUCCUCCUGGGUGCUGGUAUGAUCUUCAUGCCGUUUUCUCCUCGUUGGCUCGUCCACCACGACCGCGAGCCGGAGGCCCGUAGUGUGCUUGCUAAGCUCCGAGGACUUCCGCAAGAUCAUGAGCUCAUCGAACUUGAAUACGCUGAGAUCAAGGCGCAAUCACUGUUCGAGAAGAAGACGCUGCAGGAGAAUUUCCCACAUCUCCAGGACUUGAGCGUGAGCAGUGUUGCGAAGCUGCAGUUUGUGGCAAUUGGUAGCUUGUUUACGAGCAAGCCCAUGUUCAAGCGCGUUAUUGUCGCUACCGUGACUAUGUUCUUCCAACAGUGGACUGGUAUCAACGCUGUGUUGUACUACGCACCAACCAUCUUUGGGGAUCUUGGUCUCAGUUCGAAUGCUGUUUCACUCUUGGCUACAGGUGUCGUCGGUAUUGCUAUGUUCCUUGCGACCAUUCCUGCUGUCAUGUAUGUUGAUAGUUGGGGACGCAAACCCACUCUUAUCAUCGGUGCCAUUGGUAUGGCGACUUGCCACAUCAUCAUUGCGGUCAUUACGGCUAAGAACCAGAAAGAUUGGGUACAUCACCAAUCCGCGGGUUGGGCUGCCGUGGUCAUGGUCUGGCUCUUCGUGAUCCACUUUGGCUACUCUUGGGGCCCGUGUGCUUGGAUCGUCAUCUCUGAAAUCUGGCCGCUUUCUAACCGUCCCUAUGGAAUUGCUCUCGGGGCUUCGUCGAACUGGAUGAACAACUUCAUCGUCGGUCAAGUUACCCCUGACAUGCUCCGAUCCAUGACCUACGGCACCUACAUUUUCUUCGGCCUCCUGACUUUCGGCGGCGCGCUCUUCACCUACCUUAUCACGCCGGAGACCAAAGGUCUCUCACUCGAGGAAAUGGAUAUCCUAUUCGGCUCUGUAGGUGUAGCGGAGCGGGAGAAGGAGAGGUGGAGGGAGGUGCAUGCGGAGGUUGGCUUGACUGCUUUGUUGGAGCGUGCGGGGUUGAGCGUGGGUGAGGCGAGUGGAGAGUAUAAGGCGGAUAAGGAGGUUGCGGUUGAGAAGGCGGUGGUUAGUGAGACAAAGGACGAGCCGGCUGAGAAGGCGGUGUGAGAGAUGGUAGUUGUAUUUGGAACGGUUCUGUGGUCUGGUGAAGGCUACGGAGAACGUGCUAUUGAGGCCGAGUGUGGGGUUGAACCGUUGGUUCGUGCCUGUCCUUUGUGGUUACUUUUCUUCAAAUUGAUACCAGUUGCUUAGUCUAUUUAGAUGGGCU